AUGUCCGUUCAAAGCAAAAAUGUCGGAUUUGAGCUUGAUGAUUCGGAUUUUCCGGAACUGAAUGCAAAGAUGACAGGAAGGAAGGAGAAGGGACGGCGAGGCGCUGGUGCAAAAUUGACGCGUCAUGAGAAACAUCAAGCGGUUCUCGUUAAGACCAUCGACGAUCCGGACCAGGUGCUCGGAAAGCGACGCAAGGAGAGGGUCUCGUCGGAGUGCAACGACGGAUACGCGCUCAAUGUCGCCUAUUCGCUCAACAAGAACAACCGGUGGAACGAGGUGACGGCGGGAUCGCUUCUCGAAAAUGGGACCGAAUUUCCGACGUGCGUCGUCGAACGAGUGAUGACGGCGAAAGAUACUGACGCGAACGUUGUUGCUUUUCACACGCGCGAUGAGACUGGUGAUUGCCGGGUCCAGACCAUCUCGGGAAGAGGAACUAAUUUGAAUGCCAUUCAUACCGGUGAAGGCAAGAAGAGUCGCGGUAGGCGUGCCGCUAAAGAGGCGGAAGCGGCUGCGGCGCUUCGCGAUAGCUCGCGUUCGUCGUCUGACGCUGCUGAAACGGCCACCACUGGUCCACGGGUCCAGUAUAAUAUCUACAAACCGCACAAAAACCAUCGCGUGUUGGCUGGAAAACUGUUCAGUCGAAACUAUAACACCAAAAAGGCUGGCAAAGUGCGAGCCCAUUUGAAAAAAGUGGAAAUGGAUGACAUCGAAGGGAGUGAGCUCGAGCAAAGUAUCCAUGUCGAUGAGGCAAUUUACAAGCCGAGUCGCGAUUUCAAAUUCUGUCUUGGCGAUUAUCUCGCCGACGCCGAAAAAAUCUCGAAGCCGACGGCAGCGGUGUACGUCAGACGGCAGAGCAUUGAGAGUAUGCAGCAGGCGUCGGACACAAUGGAUGAUUGCGACGAUUUGAGCCCGAAACCGUUUUAUCUUUUGGACAUUUCCGCUAUCCUUCGCACACCGGUUGCGUUUGAAUGGGUUCUUUUGGACACAUCGAAAUGGGACAACUACAAUUUUGUGGAUCAAAUUGAGCGACUCGGAACAAAUGAGAAGCUCGAUGUUCAAUGGCUUGAUGCUGACAAGAAGCGUGUUUCAAUUGAUGCUUCGCGAUUGGCUACCGAUCAGACGAUUGCUGCCCCAAUACUUGUCAUCGUCAUCGAGAAAAGCGUUGAGAAGAAGAAAAAUGUCAUUCGGGUUCUCUUGAACUCCCAUGUCGCUCCAACCGGGCCGUUUUCGUGGCAAAUUCUGAAAUCGCUUUUGAAGCACGCCAACCAAAUCGAGGAUGUGAUCCAUGUUUUGGCGAAACUUGUUGGCGAAUGGAAAGAAGGUCGCGCACCUGAAUGCCUCGAUCGACGGGGAAAAGCGAAAAGUCGAUUUGAAAUCCACCGCGAAAAUUUUCAUUCGGCGUUCAACAGCAUUCUAAUGGCAAGACCUGCAAAGGUGCUUACCGUUGAACGAAUGGCUUCAUUAGUCAGAGAGGAAGGACGCAACAUGAAGACACAAGACGAUUCAUUCGAACAUGUCGAUUAUGACAAUGCGGAAUUCUGUGAUGACGAAUCCGAGAGAUCAUCGCCAAAAGUAAAAUGCAUCUCGUGCGACACAUCGGUUUCCAAUGAAUUGUUCGAGCUCGAUGACUGCUGGCAAUGUCGUCAAUGCCUUCGACAAAUAAUUAUAGAGCAGAUUCGCGCCAAAGCCGUGCCAUUGGAGAUCCCAUUCGUCGUCAGUGAGGGACAAUCGGUGUAUGACAUUUUGCCAGCUAUCAUUCCGUUGCCUCUUUUGCAUUUCUAUACAAUGAUGACAGCCACCGAAAUGCUUCAGCAUUCUGACGCCGACAUCGGCGAUCUCGGCGAGUGUCCAUCAUGCAAGCAACUUGUUCAUAUCGAUCGUCCAAAUGAGUACAAUACUUGCAAUUGCGUAUCGUGCGGAAUUCAUUGGUGCGUCGAAUGCGGCUCGGAGCCACACUGGCCAAUGAGUUGCGCCUCAUUUGCCGGGUGGAUCGAAAAAUGGGAGCGCGAGUUCGAGCUUCACUAUCCCGAGCGCACCGAAUCAUUGAAGAGAAUUGUGUGCGCUUGUGGCUUUGAGAUCGAAUGCCGCUUGGACGCGAACCGCGCCGAAUGCAAAGGAUGUCGACGUGUAUUCAAUCCGAAGACGCUUCAAAUGCUUGCAGCCACCUAUUGGCAGAUUAAUGAGCAAACUGGCGAACUCGAGCGCCUCUAUGAUCCUCGCGAUUUUCUUGAAGCACGCGAGACGCAGAUUGUUCCAGCGCCGAAAACUAUCAAGAAAGAGUUCAGUAACGUCUGCGGACAGGCACGCUAUCUCCGCAUUUCAAAGAAGUCCGAAUUUGAGAAGGCGAUCCGCAAACUUAAGAAUAGCCACGCGGGCGUGGAAAAACUUCGCGAAAUCCGCAAAACGAUCCUUUUGAUCGUUGAGAACGGAUUAGGAUUUGUAUAUAAUGAGAAAAAGAAGGAACUGCAAACUGUGAAGGCCAACUUGGUCCAGCUCCUAAAGCAAUGGCUGGAGAUUGAAAAUGAGAUCGAAAAUCCAAGAAGUGACUUCAACAAUCGCAUUGAAUCGAUUGAGUGCAAUCUCGCCAAGACAUUCGAGUUGAUCAAAUCGCAGAUUUAA